AUGUCGUCGAUGACAAAGGCAGUUAAAUCUCUUCAACUGACUCCUCAACCCCAAGCUGUGACGGUGAUGAGAUGCGGGUUGUGCCAAGGCGGGCAUCAUACUGAUCAGUGCCCAAGUCUUCAAGGACCUCCUGUGGAGGAUGUGAACUAUAUUGGCAACAAUCGCCAAGGGUUCAAUCAAGGCAACCAAUAUAACAAUCAGCAAAAUUGGAGGCCUCAACAAACGGGAUGGAAUCAAGCUAGUCCUAGGAACAACUCGGGUAAUCAAUGGAGGAACAAUACUCAACCCCCGGGUUAUGAGAAGAAGCCAUCAGUCGAAGAUCAGUUGGGACAGAUUCUCUCUUUUAUGAAUAAGAGUCAAAAGGAGAAUGAGAAUUUCAAGGAAAGAACAGUGGAAAAGUUUGGACAGAUGGAGGCGACAAUGAGGAAUCUCGAGACUCAGAUUGGACAGCUUGCCACGGCAUCACACACGAGGAUUCCUAACACCAUCCCAAGUAAUACUGUACCUAAUCCUAGAGGCAAUGAACAGUGUAAGGCAGUGACUUUGAGAAGUGGUCGCGAGUUGGAUUCGACACCAUUAAUGGACGGCCAAGAACAGGCUGCAUCCGGCAGCAAGGAACAUGGUGAAGAAUCCGAUACAAGUGGAAAGUGUUCAGCAGAAGAGAAGGGUAAGAAGAUAGUGGAAAUGGAGUCAAAGAAAAAGAUAUUGACAAGUCCAGCACUAGAUCCGAAAAGCAAGUUCAACUUCCCCGAUCAUAUUCCUCCUCCACCAUAUCCAACCAAGAGGAAGAAGAGGGUCCCCAAAGAGAAAAGCUUUGAGUGGAUGAUGAACGUGAUCCGGAAAGUUAAUGUGGAUGUAUCAUUGGUGGACCUCUUCACUAAUUUCCCCAAGUUCUCCAAGUUUUUCAAGGAUAUGAUGGCAAACAAGGAGAAAUUGCAAGAUGAGGGGAUAGUGGCCUUGAGCAUGAAUUGCUCACAACUGAUUUCGUGA